UUUCCAUUUCAAUACAAACUAAAACACUUGUAAUCUAGUAUAAUUAAUAAGCUCAAACAAGAUAGGCACUUGAGAUAGUAGCUCCAUCAUGUUCAGUAAAUUAUUUUUACCGCUGGUACUAUGUGCAAUCUGCCUAACGCCGUUUGUGGCCAAAGCUGCCGAAGAAGAGGCUAAGGCAGACGAGAAGCAAUUUGCGGUCGAGUUGGACCCAGAAACCUUUGAUACCUACAUUGAUGCCGGCAAUGUAUUUGUCAAGUUCUUUGCUCCAUGGUGUGGGCACUGCAAGCGACUGCAUCCACUUUGGGAGCAGUUGGCCGAAAUAAUGAAUAUUGAAGAGCCCAAGGUGACCAUCGCUAAGGUGGAUUGCACCAAGCAUCAGACGCUCUGCGCUGAUCAUCAGGUCACUGGCUAUCCCACAUUGCGCUUGUUCAAGCUGGGCGAAGAGGAGUCUGUCAAGUUCAAGGGCACACGCGAUUUGCCCGCUAUCACUGACUUUAUUAACCAAGAGCUCAAUACUCCCGCCGAGGAGGACAUAAACGAGCAGCAGGAAGCGCAAGCUAAUCCAAAUGUUGGCAAAGUGGUUGAUCUCAAUGAAGAUUCAUUUGCUAAGCAUGUGUCCAGUGGCAAUCAUUUUGUCAAAUUCUUUGCGCCUUGGUGCAGUCACUGUCAGCGUUUGGCACCCACCUGGGAAGAGCUGGCUGGUGAGCUGAAGGCUGAGCCCACUGUGACCAUUUCCAAAAUCGAUUGUACACAGUUCCGUUCGAUAUGCCAGGACUUUGAGGUAAAGGGUUAUCCCACAUUGCUUUGGAUUGAAGACGGUAAGAAGAUUGAGAAGUAUGCUGGCUCCCGCGACUUGCCUACACUGAAGACUUAUGUGGAGAAGAUGUUGGGCUCUCCCAGCGACAGCAAUGAGAUUAAGGAUGCCGACAAGCAGCCCAAGGAGGAGGUUAAGAAGCAAAAUGUGCUACAGCUGAGCGGCGAAGAUGAGUUCACUAAGGCCACUACCGAUGGUGUUGCGUUCAUCAAGUUUUAUGCGCCUUGGUGUGGACAUUGCCAAAAACUGCAGCCCACGUGGGAGCAACUGGCCACUGAUCAGAUUGCCACCGAUUCAGGCAUUGUCAUCGCUAAGGUCGACUGCACAGCGACAGAGAACAAACAGAUAUGUAUAACCCAGCAGGUGGAAGGCUAUCCAACUCUGUUCUUGUAUAAGAAUGGCAAGCGUCAGAACGAGUACGAGGGCAGCCGUUCACUGCCGGAGUUGCAGGCUUAUGUUAAGAAAUUCAUUGGACACGACGAGCUUUAAGCUGUCAUCUUCACGAAAGACAAAUCACAUUUUGAAAGUCAUCGCCAAAGUAAAUUCUUUUCCUUUUCUCUAUGUUCGCGCCGAAUCGCGCAGACUCUUCGAGGACAUCCAUGGUUGAUCGUCGUGCCAUUUGGAACGAGUAGUCAUCUGUCAAACGAAUUAAGUCAAUUAGUUUGCUUAUUAGUUUGAAAUCUGCUUAAACUUAUAUCAUUAGUUGCAUGUCUGCGAACUGAACUCGCUGAAACGAAUAAAAUCUAAAUUAAUUAAACACAUUAUGUUAAAGAAAUGACUAAAAACAACAUUU